CGGGCUGCCACCGCCCCGUCUCCGGUCGGCCUGGGCCCGGCGCACGGCCGCUGGCGGGCGGGGAGAGGGCGAGGCGCGCCAUGGCGCUGGGCUCGGCGUGGAAGCAGAUGUCGUGGCUGUACUACCAGUACCUGCUGAUCACCGCGCUGUACAUGCUGGAGCCUUGGGAGCGCACCGUCUUCAAUUCCAUGCUCGUUUCCAUCGUUGGAAUGGCACUGUACACGGGCUACGUGUUCAUGCCUCAGCACAUCAUGGCAAUAUUGCACUACUUCGAAAUUGUGCAGUGAUGAAGACCAUAUUUUCAAGAAGUAAUCAGGCUUUGAAAUCAGGUCUGCAAACAAGAAGAAUGAACAUCUGACUUUUAACAAGACUUCUAUGGAUGUCAGAAAGGCACAGUUAUGACUCUGAAGACUAGCAAACAAGAUAUGUAGAGCAGGGACAUGAGAUGUCCCCUAUGUUGUGUUCAUUCCUUUUAGUUUUACAGGAUAGGCCCUUGUAUAGUAGUUUUGUCUACUUUAACAUUGUGAUUGUACUUUGAUAUCAGUAUUUUCUUAACUUUGUGACAGUUUCAAUAUUGCACUGUGAAAGCUUUUCUUAAUUGUAAUUUUGAGUAAAUCUUAAUUGCCUUCUAUUUUUAAUCAGAAACUCAUCUUAUUAAAUGGGGCUUAAAGCUUUUGCUAUUGUA